AUGGAUCACUUGAGCGUGUUUGAUUCGCACGGCUACGCUCACAUUAACGAUGUGAAACGACCCAAACUGGAACCCAAGAGCUUCAAGUCUAUGUUUCUCGGCUACGCAGAGAAUGUCAAGGGCUAUCGCGUGUUUGACUUGAAGAAUGCCAAGAUCAACGUGAAUGGCUCUGCGAAGUUGGAUGAGCGUGAGAUGGGCGGUAUUUGCGACACGCAAGAGGUCAAGCCGGAUCGAAUCAUUCAAGUAAUGAAGGAUGGUGAUGAAGUGAAGGUACAGUAUCAAGUGGAUCGACAGCCAGUUCUUGACGAUCCGAUGGAAGUUGUCGAAGAGCCAGUUGCGGAUGUCGAAUUGGAUGAUAUCGAUCACGCGCCAAGCAUCGAUGUACAGCGGCUAAUGCAUUCUGAGAGCCCUGUAAUAAACAGACUUGAGCUUAUGGAGUAUCAUCAACCGACCCAAGUGCAACACGAAGAUCGUUUGGUGUUUCGGCCUGAAGUGGAGCGAACAAUAGCAAGACGGGAGCUGGUGCUAAAGAUAAGGAACGGCUCAGUUGACGAAGAGUCGGAACGUGGACAUGGAAGCCACGAGAAAAGAUUCAACGCACAAUUGGAUCACGAUGGGUUUUUCCCAAGAAGCAUGAUCAAAAUGGCGAUGUCGUGCGAUACAAACACAACUGGCCGCAAAAGGAUUCAAGCAAAAGCAUGGCGCCGACUUUUUCGAGACUUAUUUUCCGCUGGACGUCGAUACGGCUUUUUUCAACAGCGUGUUGACGGACAACGUUUUUAUGGAAGUUCCGCUAGGUGUCAACAAUAUCAAGGAUUAUGUCAACUAAAGAAGGCUAUCUACGGACUGAAACAUGCAGCAAGUGCUUGGAAAAAGAUGAUUCAUCGUGUCUUCGUGGGGAAUGGCUUCAAGAGUUGCGGGGCAGAUCAAUGUGUUUAUGUCAAGAGCACGAAUAAAGGGUUUGUCCACGUUGAACUAUAUCUGGAUGACAUGAUUAUCGCAGCAAGAACCAGCGAAGAAAUAAAUCAAGUCAAGGACGUACUCAAAAAUGCUUACAAGAUGAAGGAGUUGGGUAAGGCAGAAUUUAUUUUGGGAUGGAAAUCGAUCACGACAGGUCAGCUGGAACUUUGA